AUGUGGUCUGCCAACGCUGUCGAUUCAAUAAUGCGAUCGCCACGAGGAUACAUCAACCUACUACGCCUUGCGUGGCUUUUGGCACUCUUAUAUGGUGAAAUCUAUAUUUUUUGGAGUGCAGCAAGACAUUGUGCACCAUGGCCUGGAAAAAGACAGCACGUAUCAAACCCUUUACAACUAGACAGGCUCUUGCUUGUGAGCGAUACUCAAUUGAAGGACGCAUAUUCCUACAACAUUAUACCCGACGUGUUUGUGCGAGUGAUUGAGUUUUACAGUGACUUGUACCAAAAGCGCAGUUAUCGAUAUUUGGAACAACAGCUGUAUCCACAGGCGACUGUAUUUUUAGGAAAUUUGAUCGAGGGUGGCCGUCAAUGGAGUGAUGCAGGCUUUGAAUACCAUACUGCGCGUUUCCAUCGAUUGUUUUCCUCCUCGCAACCACAAUAUCAUAUGGCAGGCACACAUGAUAUUGGCUUUGGUGAUGGUAUCAAAUCCCAUGAGGUGAACAGGUUCCAGAACGAGUUUGGGUCAACCUCGUAUACAUUUCAAACGACCCAUUACUCUGCCGUCAUUGUUGACACACUUUCUUUGUCGUCAACGUUGAAUCUCAGUACCAAAGAAACCGCACUAAAUCUCAAUCUACCACCCCAGCCACGUAUAUUGUUCACCCAUUUGCCGCUAUAUCGACAUGAUAAACCUUGCAACGUCAUGGAUCCAUCGUCAUCAACAACAAAUAGAAAGGAUGAUCGCCAAUACAAGAAAUCUUUAUCACCACCACCUCAUCAUCAUGAAAUCAUUCAGGAACACAAGCAUCAGUAUCAAGGGAUGUUGGAUCAAGAAUUGUCAAAAGAGCUCAUGGAUUGGAUUCAGCCUGUUGCGGUAUUUUCAGGAAGCCAUCACCCGUAUUGCCAUGUCAAACACGGUGACGUACAUGAAAUAACAGUGCCUCCAUUCAACAUGGGGACCAACGGUGGUAAUGGCGUUGUCCUUGUCAACCUUGCGGAGAAUGAUAGAGUUGCCGCCAAAGUGUGUUGGAUGCCUGAUCAAGUGGGUAUCUAUGUUGGAUAUGGAUGUCUUUGGCUGGGGACUCUUUUGGCGUUGUUGUUGUACCAUAUUGUUCAGCAUCGAAAAACAAUGACACGGUCGUGGGCUUUGCUAACAUCACAUGACUACGAAAUUGGAUACAAGAAGAAGCAACGUGGUGAAAUUGUGACCAAUGCAUAUAUACAACGACUCAAGAGGAAAUGGCUUGUAGACUUUAUUCGAGAUGUUUUAGAAGUUGGAUGCACAACAGCUGCUAUGUAUGUUGCAUGUCUAAUAGUAAUAAUAUAA